CUGGCUGGGCGUGUUUGCGGCAGAGUUGAACUCUCUCAACUGCAAAUUAAUGCCGUGGCAAGUACUGCUGCUGUCAAAACCUUACUACGCGAACACUUUGUACUUUAUUCGCCGUUACAAAAUAACUAGGCUUUAAAAUAACUUGAACCAUUACGUUUGGGUGGAAACUUGGAAUGGAUACUGCUUGAUAUUCAACUUUGUGUCAAAUAUAACCUGUAAUUAAUUAAAAGUAUCAAAAUGACCCGUGGACCUGGUCCGAAGCGAGAGGCUGGUGGAGGCAAGGGGAAGGACACGUUGCCCCCACAACCCACCCAACUCGCUCUGAUCGACAUCGUCACACGUUUGACCAAUACAAACCCUUCGGACGGUGCUCUGGCACUGGGAGCACUAGCGCCGCUGGGGGCCAAGGAACUCAUGGACAAUGAUGAUCUCGCCACUGCGCUCGUGGUCGAUUCCCUGUUGGGAUUUACUACUCAUAAAAUGAAAAUUUGCUACCGGUCCCCAUUCUCUGCUCCUGGAAGAACGUAUCAAGUAAAGAAAAUGUUACAAAACUUCCUGGAGCAUAACGACUACUCUAAGAUCUCUAGUGAGUUAGCAGAUCUCUUCGAAUCCUGCAAAAUUAAGGGACUCACUCCCUCAGGAUAUCAACAUAUUAUUCGAUAUCUUCGAAUAUUUCAUCCCGAUGCCGGAUUUCAACUUGUCCCGUGCUAUCGGUAUUCAGCAGAAAGAUUUGUUGGAGCAAAGAUUUGUGCAACACGGAAAUGGAGCAAAGGCGAAGAGAUGAAAUCGCUGGUUGGUUGCAUUGCGGAACUAAAUAGAGAAGAAGAAGGUCAAUAUUUGAGGACGGGUUUGAAUGACUUUUCUGUCAUGUAUUCCUGCCGUAAGAAAUGCUCUCAGCUUUGGCUCGGACCUGCAGCAUAUGUAAAUCAUGAUUGCCAGCCGAACUGUCGAUAUGUUUCCACCGGACGUUCAACAGCUGUCAUCCAAGUCUUACGUGAUAUCGAACAAGGCGAAGAGAUUACUUGUUAUUACAGUAGAGACUUUUUUGGUGAUGGGAAUUCUGUUUGCGAAUGCCGAACUUGUGAGAGGUUAUGCACAGGAAAAUUUUCGGCUACAUCUACUGCCAGCACUGCAUCAGAUCCUUCGCAAAGUUCUUCAUCUCAAAUUAAAACUCAACAAGAAGAAGGAUAUAAACUUCGGGAUACAAGGAGACGGCUUAAUCGACGUCGUAACACGGAAUCUUCUUCAGAAAGUGAAGAUGCCACUUUUGGAAUAGGAGGACUUUUAUCGGAUUUUAAUCUUCUCAACUUUGCCAACUCGCACAACCACAAUAGUGUCGACCAUUUUAGAAGUCGAAUUCUCAAUCUGCCGAGUAGUAAAAAUCGAUUCAUGCCAAGGUCACAAAGUGAAAUUGAACCACGGCAAAGAGGUAGGCCACAGAAGCGUCGGCUUAAAAAGUUUAGUUCAGAAAUCCUGCAAACUUCAAAUAAUGACCGGGGAAGCGAUAAUGAUAACCUUGGUGGAGAUAUUGAAGCAAAACGCAUAUGCUCCGAGCAACACGCUAAUUAGCUUUAUCUGUUGUUGACUUGUACAGACAUAAUCUGAAGAAUCGUUGAGGCUGGUAUAAUUUAUUAUUAUUCCCAUUCUUGUUGAUAUUUAGUCCGAGCCAGGACCUAUGAAACCGUCAUAUCCAUGUCUUUAUUGCGACGAUUCUCCUAAAGCUUGAAAUGUUGUACACAUUAUGUGUACGCUACAGAGAAAUCAAGUACAACAACAGGUAUAGAUAGAUGAUCGAGUUCCAGUGAUGGGUCAGUCAUAAAGUGUGGUUGGUUUGACCGCACCGACUUGUACACAUUGUCACCUGAAAGUUGGGAAGGUUCAAAGGCACAUAAAAUCUAAGGACAAGAAGGUUGCCAGACAUAAACUCACACUGUUAAGAAAGAUGAUAAGGAGGCAGAAAAAAUGGAUGGCUCGGGCUAAAUCAAGUUAUACUAUAGGGUGACUAGGGUGUUUAACCAGACGAUUUGUAGUAUAAAUCUAGCACUAUCUGUGUACAUAAGCGCUAUAAGAGAGUGUAUUCAAGUAUCAUUCCUUUGGCGAAAUUGGCCAGGAUUUUUAAAUGUUAGUUAAUUUUAACUUGUCAUUAAUUUAAAUAUCUCAUAAAACUAAGGUGUUCGGGUUCGGGUCGGUGUUAUUGUGUUCAGUUGGUGGAUUGAUAAUUAACCGAAUUACCUUCAUACUUGAUACACGCCAUUGUUCAAAACGUUGAAAACAAUAUCAAAUAUUCCCACCAACGUGUAUUUGACUGUACUAUAAACUAUCGAUGUAAUUUAUUAUUUCAUUUUUGUAGAAGCAGAAUGUUUUGUGAAAUUGAAUAAUUGCUACGUUAAUGCAUAACAAAAACCGUAGAAAAAUGUGUCACUAAUAUAAUAUGCAUAUGUAUGUAAUUAAGGAUGCGUGCGUAGUCUGAAUUAAAUGUAGUAUCUGUGUAUUAGAGGGUGAUGGAAUGAGUAGUUGGAUGUUUUAUUUAUUUGACAUAAGAAUCUGGUAGUAAAAAUUAGUAGCGAAUAGGUUAUUUAUCAUGGUGUAUAAAAUGUGGUAGUAUGGAAUACAAAAUAAGUGCAUAUGUGUAUAAAGGAUAACAUUGGUUGGUGCUACUUAUUUAUUAGUGUGGGCAUGCAAAGCUAUUAAUUAAAUGUUGUUUUGUUGAUUAUUGUUAAGGACAAUUCUGCAUUGUUUAAAUAUUAAUUCAUGUGUGUAUUUCUUGUUGUGUAAUAAAUGUCUUGUGAUAA